GGUCACCCUCUCUCUGGACCAGAUCCAACAAGUCCGACGAAAAAGGAUGUCAAACACCGCUUCGAGAUCACAAAAAAGUUAGGCUCCGGUACAUACGGAAAGGUCUCGUUGGCGUUCGACCACAAAUUCGACCGUGAAGUGGCAGUGAAGCUGAUCAAGAAGAGCGCCAUCGAAAACAAAGCCGAUCUGGUACGAAUACGUCGUGAGAUCCGGAUUAUGUCCGCUCUUCAUCACCCAAACAUCAUCCAGAUCUUUGAGGUGUUCGAGAAUCGAGAAAAAAUCAUUCUGGUCAUGGAAUACGCAAGCGGCGGCGAACUUUACGACUAUGUCUCUCGUUUUGGGUCGUUGCCAGAGAGUGAAGCCAGGCGAAUUUUCCGGCAAAUCACAUCAGCCGUACUAUACUGUCACAAGCAUCAAGUGGCUCAUAGGGAUCUCAAAUUAGAAAAUAUCCUGCUCGACCAGGAUAAUAACGCGAAGAUCGCCGAUUUCGGCCUCUCCAACUAUUUUGGGACAAAGUCCCUUCUUACCACUUUUUGCGGCAGUCCACUCUACGCCUCUCCAGAGAUCAUCAAUGGCACCCCUUAUAAAGGCCCUGAGGUCGAUUGUUGGUCGCUGGGUAUUCUUCUCUACACCCUCGUCUACGGUUCCAUGCCAUUUGAUGGACGUGAUUUCAAUCGAAUGGUUCGACAAAUCAAGCGCGGUGCCUACUACGAGCCGGAUACACCAUCAACAGCGUCGAUGCUGAUUCGCAAUAUGCUGCGAGUGAAUCCGGAACGCCGUGCUGACAUUUUCGACAUCGCCAGCCACUGGUGGUUGAAUCUCGAGGAGAAUAUGCCUGUUAUUCAGGAAUUGCCAGAGAACCAGAUAACCGACCACACCCCACUGACGGAAAGAGCGGAGACAAUGAUCGUUCAGGAUUUGGCCGAUGAGACGGACGUCUUCAUGGAGUUCGGUCACCUCAGCAAUGAAACACGAAAGAAGAUUGAAGAAUUCCGGCGACGUCGAAAGCAGGCUGAGGAAUACAACGAGAACUCCCCUACGGCACGAAAGGAUGGUGAACAAGUGGCUGAAAUGAAGAGCGAGGACAAGAGCUUGAGAGGAUUGAAGGAGCCAGCUAAGGUGAUGGCCCAAGGGAACCCUCCCUUAUUGCUCUUGAUUAAUCGAAUCAAAAUUCAGGAGAAAGAUAGCGACGACCCAUUGGAACGAUUACGGCAGAUUGAAAAUCGUCUUGGGCAGCAGCGGAAAAAGAACACACUCAGUAACGUGCCGCAAACAGUAAGUGACCGCUUUAUUGCUUUCAGUUCAGAAUACCAAAAAAAG